AUAUAUUACACACAGAGACAGCAAAAGAGUAGGUAAAAUUUCUCUCACGUCUACCCAUGAGAUGGAACAAUAACUAAAAAGUAAACCCUAAGGUGGCUUUUGAACAAAAAUGGAGGGACGAUGGUGAACCCAGAAACAGAACUAUCCAUGGUAAAGGAAACCAACGGGACCCGAAACAGUCACCACCCGACCCAGAUAUGGGGUACGUGGGAGGAGCUUCUACUGGCAUGCGCCGUCAAGCGUCACGGUUUCAAGAACUGGGAUUCCGUCGCCAUGGAAAUCCAGACAAGAACCUCUCUCCCCCAUCUCCUGACUACCGCUCAAACCUGCAAGCAGAAGUACCGGGACCUCAAGCGUAGAUUCACGCAGCAGGGUACUAUACUCGAAGACGACGACGAAGAGGAUGUUGAGAACAAGGAAGGUGACAAAGUGGAGAACAUCCCAUGGCUGGAGGAGCUGAGGAAGGUUCGGGUUGCUGAGCUCAGACGUGAGGUUCAGCAAUACGACGUCUCCAUCCUGUCUUUGCAGUUGAAGGUGAAAAGAUUGGAGGAAGAGAGAGAACAAAGCUUGAAACAGGAGAGCGGCAGCCAUGAGAAGAAACCAGAUCUGGGAAACGAGUCCAAAGCCGAGAGAUCAGGAAACGGGGAAGAACAACCUGAGACGGAGAAACCUGCCGGUAAGAAGUCGGGUGAGGAGUCCGACCCGGAAAACAGGUCGGUGAACGAGUCAAACUCAACCGGAUCGGAUCCGAAAACCGGGGAUAUAAGCGCGGGAGGCAACGAAAGAGGUCCGGAGAGGGAAGGUUUAGGGAAGCAGGGUCCGGUUGUGAAGACGGAGGAGAACGAGGCGGUGGGGACGGGGGAGGACUCGUGUAAUAGAAACUCGGGGGUGAGUCAGUCGGAAGAGUUGGGUGACUCGGUGACUCAGGUGAGUGGGAGCUCGGCGAGUAUGGGGAGGAAGAGGAAGAGGAAAGGGAGGAGGAGAAAGGAAUUGUUCGGUGAUGAUCACGGGAUCAGAGGGGGCCCAGUUAAAUCAGAACCGUUGAUUGGGUUCUUGGAGAUGAUUCGAGCAAAUCCUCACGCUUCAUUUUUUGAACGCCGGCUUCCAAGCCAGGAAUCCAAGAACUACAAGACCCUGGUGAGACAGCAUGUGGAUAUUGAGUCCAUACAAGCGAAGAUAGAGCAAGGUUGUUAUUCCUCAUGCACCCUUUCUUUCUACAAAGAUCUUUUGCUUCUCUUCAACAAUGCCAUCGUUUUUUUUCCCAAACCUUCCCUUGAAUCCAUCACUGCUCACGAACUUCGAACCCUGGUCUCAAAUCAAAUGAAGAAGGAAACCCAAAAGUCUGAAUCUUUUUCAGCUGCACCAGCUCCAUCAUCACCCAUUACAGCUCAACUCAAACCUGAGCUUGAGAGAUCGGAUUCAUUGCUUGCUAGACAACAAUCUUCUGCUCCUCUAAUUGUUUGUCGUAAAAGGAGUUCGAUUUCAACAAAACCCUCGUCGUCUUCUGGGUUUGGUUCAAAGGGUGACCAGCAACAAAGUGAUGAGGGGAAACCAGCGUCUGGUAAAAAGCUACAAGCUGCUGACUUGAGUUUGAAAGAGAAAGAGAAACCUGUAACUGGGACAAGAAGCUCGAGAAGAAGCAGCAGCAGUAAGAACACUGUUACUGCAAAUCCUAACAAGAAACAGAGCACCACCAACUCAGGUUCAAAACAGGAGAGUCCCAAAACAGAGAAGAAAAAAACAGAGGCUUUGAUGGGGUCGGAUAAAAAGAAAAGUGUGGUGGAUUUCUUGAAGAGGAUAAAGAAGAAUUCGCCUGCAGAUCAGACGACAAAGAAAGGGGGGAAUAAUAAAGGGGGUGGAGAGCAGAAAAAGAACACUGGUAAUAAUAGUAAUAAUAAUAAUAAUGGGAAGAAAGAGAAAGGGAAGGAAAGGGUUUUGAGAAGCAAUGGAGAGAAAAAGAAGGGGAAGGAAGAAGGGAGUCCGUCGAAAAGGAAUGUAGGGAGGCCACCUAAGAAGGAAGCAGAGACGACGAAUGCAGAAACCUUAGGGAAGCGAGGUAGGGAAAGCGGUGGAGGAAAGGAGAAGCAGCAGAGAAAAAGAAGUAGAAGGUGAAAUAUAAAUACAUAUUUAUAUAGAAAUGGUAGAUGGGUCUGCAAAAUGGGUAUAGUUGUGUAGAUUAUUACAUAUCUUUUAGACUUUUGCAGUGUGUUUUAGUUUAGUGGAUUCUUGGUAGAUGAUUUACUUAGUUUUUGGCCAUGAUAUCUCUGUAAAAUUUGUAUCAUCAGUAUCAUUUCAGCUAAGUUUUACAGGUUUUAUUAUAUUCAAUCAAUCAGUCAUUUAUUUACAAUAA